AUGUAUCCAAUAUCAUCUUCAAGGCUUUCCACUCAUCCAAAAGUUGCUGUGGGAAUGAUAGCAACUCUCUCCAUCUUACUUCUUUUCAUGAAUGUAUCCAUAGUGCUGGCAUCCUCCUCUGUUGAGACUCCGAACUCUUCUCCUCUUCCGAUCAUGAAAGAAUCAGAUACCUCUAGAGGUCCAACAACUACUACGUUAUAUAAACCUCUGCGGGACGUGCUUCAAAUCGAUUCCCGAAGUGAGAAUGGAAGUUUGGUGCUCAUGAUAUCAGCUCUGGAUGAUUUUUUGGCAAGUUUGCAAAGUAAUGAAACGAGAAUGGUUUUUCAUGAUGUGAAUCAUCAUGCUCUUUCGUAUUAUCAUUCCGUAUUAUCGGAUAUGGAUUUAUUAAUUUAUUUUCAUACCACAGAGAAUGAGUGUGCCAGAGAAUAUUCUUUUCAAGCAUUGGCAACACUUGAUUCGAUUGUUCAUACUGUGGAAAGAGUGAGAGCAAGUUUUGGAAAGAAUUUUGAUACUCCCGAAGAGACCUUAUUGAUCAUUAAAGGAAACAAAACAGUCGAGACGAGUGGACAACAAUUGACUUUUUCACAUGAUGUGAAUUUGCGAGUGGCUCAAUUUAAUUGCCUAUCUUCGGAAUAUAAUGGAAUGUUGUGUGAUAAAUUAUUGGGUGGAACUUGGUGGAGAGAAGAGUCGUGUGACACGAACAACUCUUAUGAUAUGCCAAGCUUUUUUGAAAUGUCACUAGGAAUGAAAACUGCUCUUUCAUCUCACAGACGGCAGCUCAUGAAGACCUUCUUAAUGAAGAGGUUAAGAUUUUUCAAUUCGAAAAAGAGAGUCGGAUUUUCAGACACUUCCAAAGAGAGUGUGCUCAUUCGUGUGAACAAGAUGCAUCUCUUGGGACAAUCUGUGCCCAAUGUCAAGAUUGCCAUUCAACAUGAUGCAUCACAAGAGGAAAUUCUAAAUGAUUCCAUUGAAUAUAUUCGAAAGGGAGAAGAAUUGACAAGCACCAGUAGUGACCACUCAAUGGAUGCCAAAGAUCAUAUUUUGAAAUUUUUACACUCUAAAUAUUACUUUGAUGAGAGCAAUCGUAAGGUUGAAGAAAUGCUAUUGAAGAAAAGUUUCCCAAGACCCUAUCUCUUCUAUGAAGAAUGUGAUUUCACUCAAUUAUAUGCCAUGGGAAAUCCAUCCAAGAGAGUUCGACCUAUCAAUCUCUUCCUACUCUACAAGGGAAAAGCUCACCAUGAUUUCCCAAGAACCAUGAUUAAUGCAUUUUUACAGACCUCUAUUGCCAUGAGUGAGGAACUAUCGAUUGGAAUGGUAUACAUGUGUUCAGGAGAGUUGAUUAAAGCAUUCGAAGCAUCCAGAGACAUUAAUGGAAAGGGUAAUUUUGGUACCAUUGUCACCCACAACUUUUUAUACGGCAAGAGACAAGCUGAAGUGAUGGAUCGAGGCCUCUUACUUUUUUACAAUCCAUAUGUGAAAAAUAAGAACUCAACCCGUGACUUGACUCUUCAUAAGGGCGAACCCUAUGAUGCACAAUUUCUUCUUCCAGAUUCCAAUAAUGUCCUGAAACAUAUCAAUGUCAUGCUUCGACAAGGAAAGGGCCUCAAUGGUUAUGCAGAUUGGAGAGAUACUGCAUUCUUCAUGUUCAGAGGAAUGACUUCAUUGAGUGAAGUAAUUUUAAAGAUGGUACGAAAUUGGUUAGUGAAAUCUCCAGAAAAUGCUCGAGAUGAGUUGAGUCUAGAAAAGAAUAUCAUUCCCUAUGUUGACCUUGUGAAGCAAGUGCUUCAAAAUUCUACAGCAUUGAGAGAGGAAAAAUUGAGCACUUCCUCUCUUCCUCCUUCACAAUUCCCAGAUGAUGAUAUUGAGUAUGGAGACAAAAUGUUGGAAACAUGUCACGUCAUGUUGGAAUAUUUAAAUGAAAUGAUUCAACAUUUUUCCAAUGAGCAGAAUGCUGUCAUUCAAAAACAAGACGUGUGGAAUUAUAUUGACGGAAAAAUUUCUUCGAUUCAAAAACAAAUCACUGCAGUGCGAGAGGAGAGAGGAGAUGAAUGCGGAGUAGAAUGUCAGGAGUUGUAUAUGAAACUAUUUGUUGCCAAUUCGUUUAAGGUCAUUGAGACUCAACAAAAGAGUGGAUAA